GAAGGGGAAAAGAUACAUAGAACUUUCUAAUCUACAUUAAAGAAAUAAUGUGAGUGUCAUUCUCUAACUGCCAUUUUUAUUCUAUGCCCGUUGCUGGGAUUUGGAACUUCAAUACCAUUCCUGAACUUCCCAAAAGUGUCAUCGUUCCCUACAUGCUGGCUUUAUUAAACACCAGCUUACAGUUCCGGCUGUUCAUCACCACAAGUCUGAGAGUAGUGAUUCUGAACUUCUCUUCCAGUACCUCUAUGAAAGGAAACUGGAAGCAGCACGGUUCCUGCUUGAAAGAAUGCUUCAAACAGGCAGUAGUCAUGGGGUUGUUAGCUGGACUUCAAUGCUCUCUAAAUUUGCUAAAGAAGGUUUCAUUGAUGAAGCUGAAGCACUCUUCGAAGUCAUGCCGGAAAGGAACCUUGUCACUUAUAAUGCAAUGCUGUCUGCGUAUGUGCAUUCUGGUAGGGUAGCUGAUGCUUGUCGGUUCUUUGAAGGAAUGCCUGAAAGAAAUGUAGUGUCUUGGACUUCCUUGCUGUGUGGGUUAACACAUUGUGGAAGAAUCGCUGUUGCUAAAAAAUUGUUUAAUGUUAUGCCUGAUAAGAAUGUAGUCACUUGGAAUUCAAUGAUCACAGGUUUGAUCAGAAGUGGUGACCUAGUGGAGGCUCGAAGAAUGUUUGAUAUGAUGCCGAUUAGAAAUCAGGUUUCUUGGAAUGUAAUGAUCGCAGGUUAUGCAGAAAACUGUAGAAUGGAAGAAGCGAGAAUUCUGUUUGAUGCAAUGCCAGAUCGUAAUGUUGUCACUUGGACUACUUUAGCUGCUGGUUAUUGUAGAGCUGGUGAUCUUCAUAAGGGAUAUUACAUUUUUCAGAGAAUGCCUGAGAGGAAUGUCGUCUCUUGGACAGCCAUGAUAGGAGGGUUUGCUUGGAAUGGUUUCUAUAAGGAGGCAUUGUUGCUUUUCCUUGAAAUGAGAACUUCUCAAGACAUGAAACCAAAUGAAGAGACGUUCAUUUCGCUGAUCUAUGCCUGUUCAGGUGUUGGUUUUCCUCGGCUUGGUAAGCAGGUACAUGCUCACCUAAUUUUGAAUGGGUUUGACUGUGAUGACUAUGAUGGGCGGCUGUCGAAGAGCUUAAUUCACAUGUACUCUGGGUUUGGUAUGAUGGAUUUUGCAGAUCAUAGUUUCACCAAGAACUCAAACAACUAUACUAUUCAGUCUUACAAUUCUAUGAUAAAUGGUUUCAUUCGCAUUGGAGAGUUGCGGAGAGCCCAAUACUUAUUUGACACCAUGCCUUAUCGAGAUGAGAUAUCAUGGACUUCUAUGAUCACUGGUUAUUUUAGUGCUGGCAAUGUAUCAGAGGCAUGUUGUCUAUUUAGCAAAAUGCCCAGGAGAGAUGCCGUUACAUGGACAGUAAUGAUAUCAGGGCACAUCCAGAAUGAACUCUUUGCUGAGGCUAUCUUCAUAUUCUCAGAAAUGCGUGUUAAUGGGGUAACGCCUCUAGAUUCCACAUAUUCCUCUCUUCUUGGAGCUGCAGGUGCAAUGGCUUAUCUUGAUCAGGGCAAGCAGUUACAUGGUAUGGUGAUGAAAACACAAUACAAGCUGGAUACAAUCCUUGAGAAUUCUUUGAUUUCAAUGUAUGCAAAAUGUGGAGAGAUUGAUACUGCACAUCAUAUAUUUUCUGACAUGACAUCCCGUGAUAUUGUUACUUGGAAUACAAUGAUUGUGGGGUUUUCACAUCAUGGGCUAGCUAACAAGGCUCUGAAGCUCUUUGAAGUAAUGCAAGAUUCAGGGACUUGCCCAAACUCUGUUACAUUCUUGGGUAUUCUAUCAGCAUGUAGCCAUGCUGGCAUGGUUGAUCGAGGUUUGGAGGUUUUUGAUUCAAUGAGUAAGGAGCACUCAAUUCAGCCAGGGGUGGAACAUUAUGUAUCUAUGAUUGACCUAUUGGGUCGAGCAGGUAAAGUUGAGGAAGCAGAGGAGCUUGUCUUGCGUCUACCUUUUGAGCCAGGUCUUGAAGUUUGGGGGGCACUGCUUGGUAUAUGUGGGCUUGGCAAGAUGAACCCAGCAGUUGCUAUACGUGCUGCUGAACAGGUCCUUCAGCUUGACCCAUUUAAUGCCCCGGCCCAUGUAUUGCUUUGCAACAUAUAUGCAUCUAUUGGUAUGCAAUGUGAAGAGGGAAUGCUGAGAAAAACAAUAGGAAAAAAGGGGAUAAGAAAAGUUCCUGGGUGCAGUUGGAUAAUGGUAACGGGAGAAGUUAACAUUUUCUUGUCUGGGGACAAAUCACAUACACAGUCUGAUGAGAUAUAUUCUCUCUUGGCUGGUGAUCAUUUGAGAAGCAAAGUUUAGUUGGAGGAAGAGUAUGAAGGGAUGUUAAGGCAACAGUGGUAGCUUUGUUCUUGGUUGAUUAAAUCCGGGAUGAAGGGUAUUUGCUCUUUGCCUCAUGCUGCUAUUUCUCAAUAGCAUAUUUUUCUAAAAAGGUCCAUAUCCAUAAUUUCCUGGGUUAUAUAUGCAUUCCACUAUUAGAUCUGCUUUGGGAGUUGCCCCAAUUCAGGAUAAGCUCCGAGAAAGUUGUUUGAGGUCGUAUGGCCAUGUUCAAAGGAGGUCUGUGGAUUCACCAGAAGGAGUGUUCUGAUUCAGAUUGAAGAAGCUAAAAGAGUUAGGGGCAGGCCUAAAAUGACCAUAGGAGAAAUAGAAAGGAAAUACAUGCAUAGUUUAGGUCUUGCCCCCAAGUAUGACCUCGAAUAGAUCUGAUUGGAGGGCAAGGAUCCAUGUACUUCACCCCAUUUAGACGAUCUUCUUCCUUUGGUUUGCUUUAUCCGGAUGGCUAUUUCAGUUCAUGAUUUUUGCAACAUUGGUAUUGCCCUUUGCUGCUCCUCUUCUAAUUGGAACUGUUGCAAAUAAUUUCGUAAUCCAGGUAU